UUAAUAAUCUAAAACAAACUACAGAUAUAUGUAUUAUUGCACGAAGCACGAAUAAAGACGAUGUACAGAACGGCCCGUGUCGCCAUGUACGCGUCGCCUCUCUGGGAUUCGUCGUUGGUGGGAUUAACAGUAAAGCUGCCCCUGUCGCAUCAUAUCCGCAUAUGCAUAUGCAAUACACAGCGUCGACAGCGGCUGUACGCAGCCCGCACAGCGCGACACGUACAAGACUAAAGCCGUAUUGUACACGACACACAGAACGAGAGAGAGGCAGCUUGGUUUUCUUUAUAUACACACAGCCGUCCAAUGAAGCGCCAUAAUACCGUCUGUAACGAUCUUUUUACGUCGCUAGCAGCCGACUGUACCGAAUCCAGGCUGAGACACAUACAGUUAACUAUACAAUAAACAUCCUUACUCGUUCUCUUGUGUUUUAUUGCGAGAUGUUACGGCCCCAUAUACCCGACUCAUCGCCGCCAUUUGCCAGCCGCUCCGAAUGGACACACUGAAAACAUUUUCCUCCUUUUAAACGACCGCACUAUCCUUUUAUAAUAUUAUUCGCCGUUUUAUACCCCAGCAGCAGCAGCAACGCUCAACGCUACCGGAUCACGGGCGCUUUCUUGAUUAUUGCGACAGUUAAACGACAGAUUACGGCCGGGGUUAUAAUCGUCCCCGGUAUUAUAACGUGCCGUUAGUGGCGACGUUUCAGGGCCCUAUUAUAUUUAAUAUGGCAUUUUAUACUUGACCAUCAAUUACCAUUCUGUCUUGAGUGCGUUAUAUUCCUUAUACCGUGGAAUAUAUUAUUGCUCGUUUGUCAUUAUAUUGGGCACCGUAAUUAGCCCGUUAAUGCGCCAUCAUCCGGCCCCAUAAUCCAUAAUCCGUUGUAUUUAUGACGUCGGACCCUAGAAUGACCCUGGGCUCGACAAACUUCUCCCUGCCGCACCAUCCGCACGCCUACAGCCACCACCACGGUGUGGGCGUCGGAGCCGGUGAUCUGGCGGCCAUGUCGGCCUUCAGCGCCACGGCGGGCGGGGCCCACCACACCUGGGGGUACCCGGGAGGGUACGGGACGGCUGGGACCACGACCGGCACGACGGCCGACCCCUUCCCCAACUAUUUAACCGGGAAUCCCUAUCUGGAGGAAAGGUCACGGCAUUUUGCGGCCAGUGCCGCCGCCGCGGCUGGCUCGGCGUGUAACAGCUUCGCCGACCCCUUCCGCGACUUCCACCAGUCGGCGGCGCUGGCGCAGGCGGUCAACGCGGUGAAUGCGGCGUCCGUGGGCGCCAUGAACGCGUCCAAUGCGUUCUAUCCUUCCCCGACAGACAGCUUCUCCUCGCUGGACUGGACCAGUCAGGUGACGAUGCGCAAGAAGCGCAAACCCUACAGCAAAUACCAGACCCUGGAGCUGGAGAAGGAGUACCUCUACAAUACCUACAUCACCAAACAGAAACGCUGGGAGCUCUCGCGCAACCUCAAUCUCACCGAACGCCAAGUCAAAAUCUGGUUCCAGAACCGGCGCAUGAAGGCCAAAAAACAGACCCAACGCACCAACCCUCACAAAUCCUCCAGCAGUUCCACAUCCGCGUCGCAGCACGUCUCCACUUCCUCCAGUCAUAAGCAAGAAGCGUAGCAUUGUAUCACUGCCAAAACCCGCCGCACGCCGGUCUCGUUGUGACGUAUUAUAUACAGGCGCCCUCGCGUUGGCGUCUCCACCAGCAGUUGCAGCAGUUGCCAAAAUUCCCCUGCACCCGUUUGUCUUCGUGUGUUCUUUUUUUGUAGGUAGUGUUUUGCGUGCACCUUUAACUGUUUGUUGCGUUGGCUUGUGUAGCUUCGAGAGUGUCCAGUAUUUGCAUGCAUAUAAUCUGCCGGGAUCGUCGAGCGAUGGUCCCUUAUAUUAUUACGAUGAUUUAUUUAUGUGGCUUCUUGGAGGAGUGUUCCUUGGCGGUUGUUGAUAUGAUGUUGUGCGGUCACACGCUUGUAUCUGCUUGUAUAUCCGUUAAUCCAAUUGGCGUAUCUUUGAUAUGUUAAGAUAUGUUAAUGCGUCCCAAUCUGUUGGUCAAGAUCUGAUCUGUCUAUAAUUUAUAUCCUGUCAUCCCUGUAUGUUUGACUUAUUCCUGGCGAUCAAUACUAAUGUCAGUGG